AUGAUUUUGUUAUCGCGAUCUGAGUGCCUAUCGUUCCUCUGGAAUGGAGGAUACAUCAAAGCCCGGUCCGCUAUCCCAGGAACAACAGGGUCUACGGAACGUAUCGUGAUCGUCAGCGUGCCCAGCUUCCUCGUCGAACCAAUCAAUGCUGAGCCCACCUCUAUUCGACUUCGCGAAGAUAUCAAUAACGACGAUUUUUCGGAGAUUCAAGGGGGGCAAAGUACUUGGCAAGUGUCACAUGGUACCCUUCAAGCGGCAUGCGAGCUCUUGUGGAUGAAGGCAGUCGAAGCAAAAGCCCCUCUCAAGUCUAUUGCUUGUAUCACUCCUUCAGACGCCAAAGCAUUCCCUUACCAACUCUUUGAUGGUACACCUGCUGUUAUCUCCGUCGAAGCAUGUAAUUUGCUUACAGCGUCCGAAGGCGAGCGGAUCGUCGUUUGCCCACUCUGUGAAGCGAAGGUUGCCGAUAUGCGCUCACAUAUUGGCCAGCACAUUCUGCGUGCAUCAAGCAACACACCAGAGAAUGUCAGUUUGAAGGAACCGGUGUCGGCAAUGUGCUUCCUUGCGGUUUUUGCGGCCGCUCUGGACGACCGGAGUGUUCUAUCACUAUCAAAGUCCCUACCAGCGGCCCUCCAGUCUGGGAGACGAAGUGUAUCUACCAGCACACCUUUAAGUAUGGAUUUGCGGAGUCAGGCUCCAAGAACCUUGUCGGAACGUUCCCUCAAAUGUGCUCUUUGUCACCAUACUCUCCCUCCUGAACCUGGAAAGUCAACCCGCAGGACACCAGUCGUAUUCGUCGAUGCUGUCUGGAGGUACAACAUGGUCGACCACAUUCUCGAUGAGCGUGAGGAGUACUCCGUGCCCGGGCAUAGAGCGUCUGGUGUCACCUUGCCGGCGGUGGUCUGGAUGGGUAUCAAGCUGACUGAGCUCAAACAUAGCGCCUCCCGCAUUGCGAAAGGGCGCUGGCAGGCGGGACAGGAGGGUGAUAAGGAGAACGCCCCCGCAUCCGGUACGCGCCCACGAAAACGUCCUGCCACCCCUCUUGGUUGUAAUACAGCUGUUUGCAUAAAUGAUUUGUUUGAUCUCGAUGCGUCUGAAGCAUGCGAGCUAUUUCUCACUGUCAGCAUUGCAUUCGACCUUUGUUCCUUCUUCCGUUGA